AUGAGACACUUACGUGUAUAUGGUAAGGGAAGGUUAAUAUAUCGUUCAUAUUAUUGGACUGAUGUUUACAAGAAAGCUAUAGCGUUAGGUGAUAAAUAUUACAUAGAUCCUAAAACUGGUUAUACAGUUUUUACUGAAAUUGAACAUUUAACUCGUGGUUAUUGUUGUCAUUCAAAAUGCCGCCAUAGCUCUUUUGUGCAGUAUAUUCAAUGA